CCUACUUCAAAUCCACCCACAUACACUCAUUUAACCAGCGCCGGAGCAGACAAACUCCUCCUGCACCUCCACCUAACAACAUCAGUCCUGCGUCCUAGUUUUGAGACACCAUAUCUGGAACCAAAACUACUUCAUUCGAAGGAAAUACAUGUGGACUUUUAUGAGAGAAUAACGGAUCUGCUUUUUAUUUUUAUAUUAAACAUAUAUAUACAUUUAAAUCUACCGUAUUCUUACAUCAGUAAGACAUAUUAAUAGGGCAAAAUGGAAAGGAUUACCAGUGCUCAGCCUCCUCCAUGUAUGGCCAAACACGCCUCGCUGGAUAUCUCGGACAUGCAAGGAAUGGACUUUCCCAUGUACGUGUAUAAACCCCGGCGGGGAAUGAAGCGCAGUGAGGACAGUAAGGAUACGUACAAAUUGCCUCAUCGGUUGAUCGAGAAAAAACGGAGAGACAGAAUAAACGAGUGCAUCGCGCAGUUGAAGGAUUUGCUGCCCGAACACCUUAAACUCACUACUCUGGGACACUUGGAGAAGGCUGUUGUGUUGGAGCUCACGCUCAAGCAUGUGAAAGCUCUUAACAACCUCCUGGAGCAGCAGCAGCAGAAGAUCAUUUCCUUGCAGAAUGGAAUGCAAAUCGGUGAACAGGGCAGUGGACACUCAGAAAACAGCGAGGAGAUAUUCCGUUCUGGGUUUCACUUGUGUGCCAAGGAGGUUCUACAGUUCCUGGCCAACCAGGAGACCGUGCAUGACCUGACGCCUGCUUACAUAAUCAACCACCUUCAAAAAGUGGCGUCUGAGUUCAAUCAAAGCCCACCAAGCCCUCGUCUGGAUGAGCCCACUCCCAAAGCUCAAGAAAGCAGGGAGAAACCGGCAAGCCCACAACCGAAAGCAGCAGAGGGCCACGCUAAAAACUGUGUUCCCGUUAUACAAAGGACUUAUCCACAUAGCAGUGAGCAAAGUGGGAGCGAUACGGAUACUGACAGCGGCUAUGGGGGCGAGCUCGAGAAGCGGGAACUGAAAGCCCAGCGGCCAAUCUACUACGGCAAAGAUGCUGGAGAUCUCAAGUACAGCAGCAGCAUUAAAGAAGAGCUGGAUGAGCCACAGGCCAAGCGGCAGAGGUCCGACUCUUCAGAAGACGAAUCCCUGACGGGGCACGAUGUAGUGGGUGGCCACAGCCCCUACAUGAGCUUUUCUCCACAUCAGCCCCUUUGCAUGCCCUUCUACCUCCUUCCGCCUGGAGCAACCGCCGCAUACUUGCCCAUGCUGGAGAAGUGCUGGUACCCAGGAAACAUGCCCAUAUUGUACCCAGGCCUCGGCGGAUCCCCAGUGGGUAUGUCCCCUGAGAAACUCCCAUCGUCCAUGGUCAUGUCCUCAAGAGUGGGCUCCCCCAUCACCACUCCGAACUCCAUGGACUCACCUGCACUCCUGCAGGCCCUGAAACAAGUUCCACCAUUAAACCUGGAAACUAAAGACUGAGGACUCCCUCUGGGGUCCGCCAAUAGCCUGCUCUCUGAAUGUCUGGGUCUAGAGAGUGGACUCCCCUGCUGCAUAAGCUCCCGAA